AUGGCCACCACCACAGCACCCUCCUAUCUGGAUCUCGCAGCCCAAAAGCGAGCCGACCAACUCGCUCUAAUCCCAGCUGAAUGGCGUCUCUCUUCAAUCCCAGCCAUCGAAUCAACACCCAACGCACUCAUCUACCUCCGAAGCAUCCUCUCCGCAAGAGAACUUCUCCUCACAGAGGAAACAGAUAUAACAGUUCUUCUGCGCAAGCUCUCAUCCGGCGAGCUCUCCUCACUAGAACUAACGACCGCAUUCGCAAAGCGCGCAGCUCUAGCCCACCAAUUAACCACCUGCUGCACGGAGAUCUUCUUCGAAGAAGCGCUCGCUACAGCGAAGCGGAUGGACGAUCAUCUGGCGAAGACCGGGCUGACGGUUGGGCCUUUGCACGGACUCCCCGUUUCGAUUAAGGAUUUAUUUUCUGUUCGGGGCGUUGAUACUUCUAUCGGCUGGGUCGGCCUAACAAACAACCCCUCUACAACCGACAAAUCCGUCGCCCAAACCCUCCGCCGCCUCGGCGCAAUCCUCUACGUAAAGACUAAUCUCUCCCCAAUCAAUGAUGAUGUCCGACUCGUACAACCACGUCUUCGGCCAAUUUCCGGCGGCGAGGCCUCGCUUGUUGCGGCCCGGGGCAGUCCGCUAGGCAUCGGGACUGAUUUGGGAGGCUCGAUUCGGAUUCCUGCGAGUUUGACGGGGAUUUUUGGCCUAUCACCGUCUCCUGGGAGACAUCCUUAUGAGAGGGGGAAUCCCGGUCAGGAUAUUGUUCGCUCCGUCGCUGGUCCGAUGGCUUGCUCCCUGGCGAGUAUUGAGAGGUAUAUGGAGGUUUUGCCGUGUGCGGAGCCUUGGGAAUUGGAUCAGCAUGUUGCACCUGUUCCGUGGCGGAGGAGUCUUGCUUCGCUGAGGGCGAAGAGGUUGCGUAUUGGCUUUGUUGUGGAUGAUGGCGUUGUGAAGGUUCAACCUCCGAUUGCGAGGGCUGUUCGGGAUGUUGUUGAUGCGUUGAGGGCGGCUGGGCAUGAAGUGGUUGAAUGGGACGCGUCUUCUCAUGCCUAUGCCUACUCCUUGUGGGAGAAGGCUAUCUUUUCUGAUGGAGGUGAGGGUUGUCGUAGGAAGAUCGAGAUGACGGGUGAGCCUCUCGUUGAGGGGAUGUUGGUUGGAACUCCGGAUCAUAUCUUGUCUACCUCGGAGACACAUCAGUUGAAUGCGGAUAAGUAUCUCUAUGAGAGUAACUACCUCGAUCGCUGGACUACAUCCGGUAUCGACGCACUAAUUAUGCCAACGACUCCCUGGGUGGGAUACAAGCCCUGGACGUGGGUGAAAUCCAGCGCAUACGUGGGAUAUACUAGUAUCUGGAACUUGCUUGGAUACGCAGCUUUGUCAGUGCCUAUUACGAAUGUUUCUCGGGAACAGGAUGUGCCUGAUCAAGAAUGGUUGGACCAUGUGCCUCGCAAUGCUGGCGAUAAGUUUAAUAAGGAGCAGUAUGAUCUUAACCUCGUCGAAGGUAUGCCGGUCGGUGUACAAGUCGUAGGUGGCCGUUUCGGCGAAGAGAAAUGCGUCGCUGUUGCCAAGGCCAUUGAACAAGCCAUGAAGUGGAAGGACACAGCCCGACCCAGUCUUUAA